ACAGAAUUCUGCUCUCACAGAUCAACACAGAUCAGCAUUCAAAACACAUUGCAGCACCUGUGGUUUAUCCUAGGAGACUUGUUUUUUUCACCAAUAAAUAUUUUUGCGACAGAAGACCAUUCAUUUGUAACUGGUCUGUGAUUUUUCUCUGACAGUCAAAAUGGAUGAAAGAGGAGAUGGGGAACACAACGGUAGAAAUCGCAGAGAGCUUCACCUGCAUUUAUUUCCAAGAGGAGAACGGCCACCAGCCGAUCAACGUCAUGCUGGAGUUAUUGCCUGGAUGGAAUUUCUCUUUAAUCAUGAACAAGAGGAGCCCAACUUUGCUGUGUUACUAGACUUGCUGAACCAAAAUGGCGCUGACGAUAAUGAUAACAAUGAAAACCAGGGUGAUGAAAACCAGGACAAUGAAAACUAUGAAAUCAAUGAAAACCAGGAUAACAAUGAAAACCAGGACAACGAUGAAAACCAGGACAACGAUGAAAACCAGGACAACGAUGAAAACCAGGAUAACGAUGAAAACCAGGAUAACGAUGAAAACCAGGACAACGAUGAAAACCAGGACAACAAUGGAAACCAGGAUAACAAUGAAAACCAGGACAACAAUGAAAACCAGGAUAACAAUGAAAACCAGGACAACGAUGAAAACCAGGACAACGAUGAAAACCAGGAUAACGAUGAAAACCAGGACAACGAAAACCAGGACAACAACAAAAACCAGGACAACGAAGAAAACCAGGACAACGAAAACCAGGACAACAAUGAAAACCAGUACAACAAUGAAAACCAGUACAACAAUGAAAACCAGUACAACGAUGAAAACCAGAAUAACAAUGAAAACCAUGACAACGAUGAAAACCAUGACAGCAAUGAAAACCAGAAUAACAAUGAAAACCAUGGCAACAAUGAAAACCAGGACAACGAUGAAAACCAGGACAAUGACGAAAACCAUGACAACAACGAUUACAUUGUCAACAAUGAUAACAAUGGCAAACAUGACAACGUUGGCGCCAUCCACAACGACAAUGUUAAUAACAAUAAGGAAAAUGCAGAAGAUGCUGGUGCUAGUGCUUGGGUUGAGGUUGGAGUCAACCAGGGUGUAGAAGAUGACAACCCCCUGCCUGGAGGAUCCAAGAGAAGGUCAAGAGAGGAGGAUGAACAGGACAUUGAGAGAAGCAGCAAAAAAUACAGAUGGUGGGAUGAGUUUGCUGAAAGCAGCACUGACAGCACCGACUGUUACAAUUUUAACAAGAAAACUGUAAACAGUCCAGUCAAACAUACUAAGGUUGUUGAAGAAGACCCUCUGCCUGGUCCAUCCAGGAAAAGGACAAGAAAGAGUGAUAGAGUUGAAAAUGACAGAAGCAGCAAAAAAUCAAGACACUGUGACACAGUUAUCGUCACAACUGGCAACAAUCUUGCUUACUUUAGUGGCAAUAUGGACAUGGCUAAAGAUGCAGGUGCUGCGGAAGAGACUGACGAGGAGGAGGAGGAGAAGCAGCUGGAUGAGUAGGAACCACUGCCAGGAGAAUCUAGCAAGAGGUCGAGGUAGGACAAUGAGGAAGAGGAUGUGACAGGCAGCAAACAAUUCAAAUGUUAAAACGAGAUACCAGCGAUGAAGACUGACGCCGGCAAUGAGAUUAGAUUAUUAGAUACAAUUUGACUUUUUUUAACCCUACUUUACUCCACUAUGUUAGCCAAUAGACCUUUUUCACAGCAGACAUUUUGACUUGCAAGCACAGCUGAAAUUGAUAACCUUAACAAUGGGCUCAAUUCCAUCAAGAGUCCCAGUAAGCUAUUUCAGUGAGUCAUACACCUGUGCUUUUCCUUCUAUGACAACUAUGUCACCAUAUCUGCCGUGAAAAAGGUCAAUUUCUCCUUUCUUUAUGAUGUUGUCUUACCCAUUGAAAUGCUCACU